GACUCCACAUUAUGGAAGCUUCACAUCAGGGUGGAAAACACUCCUCAAUCCAGACACAGAACUUGUUGCUCUGAAAGAACAUUUUGCUGUAAAUUUUGUGUUUUCUGAUUGCAGUUUUGUUUCCAGCGUGGACCAGAAAACAUGAAUAAGGUGGUUCUGGUGACGGGAGCAAACAGUGGCAUCGGCCUGGUGCUGUGUGAGCGUCUCCUCUCGCAGGACACCGAGGAUCUCCUGCUGUGUCUGGCCUGCAGGAACAUGCAGCGAGCUCAGGCCGCUCGCUCCGCCCUCCUCGCCUCUCACCCCACCCCACAGGUGGCCCUGCUGCAGAUGGACACCAGCAGCAUCUCCUCCGUCCUCACUGCUGCACAGGAGGUCAAACGCAGAUAUAACCGGUUGGACUACGUCUACCUGAACGCAGGCAUCAUGCCAAACCCACAGUUUGAUGUUAAAGCCUUUUUCAAAGGCCUCUUCUCCAGUCGUAUCAUCGCCAUGUUUGCCACUGGUGAGGGGAUUCUGACGCAGAAGGACGGCGUCACCUCUGACGGCCUGCAACAAGUUUUCACGACCAACCUCUUCGGUCACUUCCUACUAAUCAGAGAGCUGGAACCGGUUCUGUGCCACGCAGGCCGGACGUCCCAGCUCAUCUGGACCUCCUCCAGUAACGCUCACCGCUCAGCUUUCAACGUUGAAGACGUGCAGCACGAGAGAGGCACCCAACCUUACAGCUCCUCCAAGUACGCCUCCGACCUGCUCAGCCUGGCGCUCAACACCCGCUACAACAAACAGGGUUUGUACUCAUCUGUCACUUGUCCUGGUUUUGUGAUGACCAAUCUGACCUACGGUAUCCUGCCCUCCUUCCCAGCCUUCCUCUGGACCCUCCUUAUGCCCGUCUUUUGGCUCAUACGAAUGUUCACCAAUACUUUCACCCUGACCCCUUAUAAUGGAGCUGAAGCCCUGUUCUGGCUAUUUAAGCAAAAGCCUGAAUCACUGGACCCUCAAGCCAAGUACCACAGCUUAACAUCUGGGCUGGGCAACAACUACACACAGCUGCAUAAGAUGGACAUCGAUUUGGAAACAUCAGAUGUGUUGUAUGAGAAAUUACUGCAACUAGAAAGUGAAGUGAGAAAGAAACUAAAGGAAAAACAAAAAAGUUCACAGUAUAGUCCUGCAGGACCUGGAUCACCUUGAUGCGGAUCACACCGGUCUGGGAUGGAGAGUAUUGUGUUCCUGUCUGGCAACGUGCACACCCAAAAAUAACUGUGUCCUCUGUCUGACACAGCAACAACCAAGCCUGAAUUCACAACACAAAUAAACAAGUUACAGAGACUCUAUAAGCAUGAAAUCAAAUGUCUGUUAUAGGACAAAUAAUUGUGAUGGUUUGGGGGAAAGUAAACACUAAUAAAACUGAGCAUUUCCUGUUAA